CCGCAUCCGUUCCGGUGCGCAACGACCGGCAAAACAUAUGAUUCUUCAGGCUACCAAAAUACACUUUGCUUAUUUAGUUCCUGGUCUCAGGUUGAUACUAGCUUUGUCCUGUGGAGAUGUUGAUCACACCCCUUCAUAAGCUUAAGUCUGACAACAAUGCUGACGCCCAUCCUUCGCCCCGGCUGAUCAUAAUAUAACUAAAACUAGAUCAUAAUAGAGUUGAAACAACCGGAAAAAUAGAGGCUGUAUGAAUCAAAUCGGACCGUCGGCCCGGAUUGAUCACUGGCUCAUAUCCGGUACUUUGAAACUUCUACAAGUCUAGAUCCUGGCUGAGCAAGAUGUAUAAAUAAAGGCGACACUCCGGGUGGAAAAGAAAGUACGCACCCUUUCUACAUAGCAGCCGACAGGAUAAUCAGCAUGAUCCGGAAACUCGCGCCUUUCGUGGUACUUCUGCCCUUGAUAACAGCCCAACAGGUGGGAACAACAGAAGAAGUGCAUCCUAAACUCACCACCUAUAAAUGCACGUCCCAAGGUGGCUGUACAAAACAAGAUACCUCGGUCGUUCUAGACGCAGCAACUCACUUCAUCCAUAAAAAGGGAACCGAAACUUCUUGCACCAAUAGCAACGGCCUAGAUACCACCAUCUGCCCGGAUAAACAAACUUGUGCCGACAACUGUGUCCUCGAUGGCAUCACAGACUACAGCAACUACGGUGUCCAGACAGAGGAUGACACAUUGACUCUUCACCAGUACCUGGGCACCGGCGAUAGCAUAAAAUCCUUGUCCCCUCGCGUUUACCUGCUCGCGGAGGACGGAGAGAACUAUUCCAUGCUAAAGCUUCUAAACCAGGAAUUCACCUUCGAUGUAGACGCCUCCACUCUUGUCUGUGGCAUGAAUGGGGCCUUAUAUCUCUCUGAAAUGGAGGCCUCCGGUGGAAAGAGCUCCCUGAACCAAGCCGGAGCCAAAUAUGGAACCGGCUACUGUGACGCCCAAUGUUACACCACACCUUGGAUCAAUGGCGAAGGCAACACUGAUGGUGUUGGCUCCUGCUGCCAGGAAAUGGACAUUUGGGAAGCCAACGCACGAGCCACUGGGCUUACACCGCACCCUUGCAACACGACCGGUUUGUACGAGUGCAGCGGCUCUGGCUGCGGAAAUUCUGGCGUCUGCGAUAAGGCUGGCUGCGGCUUCAACCCAUAUGGUCUCGGUGCAAAGGAUUACUACGGUCACGGACUUAAAGUCAACACCAAUGAGACAUUUACCGUUGUCACCCAAUUUUUGACAACUGACAAUACAACUGCAGGCCAGCUCAACGAAAUCCGGCGCCUCUAUAUUCAGAACGGCAAAGUCAUCCAAAACGCUGCUGUGACAGCCGGAGGCAAAACAGUUGAUUCGAUCACCAAGGACUUCUGCAGUGACUCAGGGAGUGCCUUCAAUCGUCUUGGUGGUCUCGAGGAAAUGGGCCAGGCCCUGGGUCGCGGCAUGGUUCUUGCAUUAAGCGUCUGGAACGAUAAAGGUUCGUUCAUGCACUGGCUUGACAGUGGCAAUGCAGGGCCGUGCAGUGACACCGAGGGUGACCCAGCGUUGAUUGAGAAGUUGCAUCCGGACACUCAUGUGAAAUUCUCCAACAUUCGGUGGGGAGACAUUGGGUCUUUUCUUUCGUAGUCAACUGUGAUUAUACUUGUCAUUUUAUGUGUGCCUUCGGUGCAAUUCUAUGC